AUUUAACAGUGCUGUUCUUUAAUUUCUCUUAGACUUUAUUGGCCAUAUCGAAGAACAUAUCUGAUAUGAAAACUUUUGUUUGCUAUAUUUUGUACCAUGUGGCGUUCAUAUUUCUUUUAUCAGAUGUGAAUUGUAGCAGUUAUACAAAGCAGAUAGCUGAGUCUAUAUUUACUGACUACGACACAGGACUUCGACCAGUAUGUGAAGGAAUUACACAAGUAAAUCUAACAAUGGGCGUGGCUGUCAGACAACUGAUAGGUUUGGAUGAACCAAACCAGGUAGUAAAAUUAAACUUAUGGGUGCGAUUGAAAUGGAAUGACUGUUCAUUACAGUGGAAUGCUAGCGACUUCAAUAAUACAGAAUACAUCAUUGUGCCGAUCAAAAGGAUCUGGGUGCCAGAUGUAACACUCUUUGACAGUAUCACCAUUGAACUUUCCGGUAUGAAAAGCUAUAAAGCUAUUGUUUAUCCUGAUGGAACAGUCUAUUACAACUUCCCAACGCUCAUCGAAUCCAUUUGUCCUAUAGACGUUACCUGCUUUCCCUUUGAUUCUCAGAUGUGUCCUCUAGUUUUUGGUUCAUGGGUAUACCAUGGGUUGCAGCUUGACAUUCAGGCAAGGAAUAAUCCUGGUGAUUUGUCAUCUAUGAAGAAGAAUGUUGAAUGGAUAAUUGAAAAGGUUGAAGUUCAAAGACAUGUUUUAAAAUACGGAUGUUGUCCGGAACCGUAUCCAGAUAUUACAUUUUAUAUUUACUUGAAACGUAAACCAGCAUAUUAUGUAACAAACAUAAUUAUACCGUCAGUGAUUAUUACCGUGCUUGCUAUCCUUGGCUAUUUCCUGCCAGUAGAAUCUGGUGAAAAGGCGUCUUUAGUCAUCACAAUCAUGCUAUCCUUGUCAGUUUUCCAGUUACUUGUAGCAGACAAGUUACCACCAUCCGCUGAUGCAACACCUUGGUUAAUGUUUUUCUUCAACUUUAUUCUCGGGAUGUCUGCCGUUUCCACAAUGAUACAGGUAGCCGUUAUCAAUACGUAUUACCGUGGAGAGAAGGUUGUGUUAGCGUGGAUGACAAAGUAUAUUAUAGUACCACUGUGUUUCAUAACAAUGGUUCAGAUUCCAGGAUACAAUUCACCAAAAUGUAGCCAAAAGUACCAAGUUAAAGAUAUAUUUGAGAAAGACAAAGAACCGAGUAAUACGGCUUUAUGGAAGUGUUUUUCUGUUGCACUAGACAGACUUGGCAUACUUUUAUUUAUAUUCACUGUAACUGUAGGAUGUGGCUGUUACAUAACAUCACAUGAGCAACAUGACGGGUGCCAUUAUUGGGACCAGAACUGCUUAGAUUCUGUUUAUUGUACUACAAGCCCGGUUAAGAAUGUUAGUGAUGUGAUAUUUGCAGACUAUGAUAGCAGCUUAAGACCAGUAUGUAAUGGGACUACACAAGUUAAUGCUACUCUAGGCAUUGCAUUGAGACAAGUUAUAGAAUUGGACGAGCCUAACCAAGUUAUCAAGCUGAAUUUAUGGAUACGUCUGAAAUGGAAUGAUUGCCUUCUUCAAUGGGAUCCAAAUGAUUUCGAUGGAAUAACUAACAUUAUCGUACCUUAUAAAAAGAUCUGGGUGCCUGACUUAACCCUUUAUGACAGUAUUUCAUCCGAGUUCUUUGGAUUAGCAGAUUUCAGACCAACGAUUUACUCUGAUGGAUCAGUAUAUUAUAACUUUCCUACAGUUAUUGAAGCUUUGUGUCCCAUUGAUGUUGCAAACUUCCCUUUCGAUUCCCAAAAAUGCGAGUUGAUUUUUGGUUCUUGGGCCUAUCAUGGAUUUUCUCUAGACUUUUCUCCAAGAUCAAGUGCUGUCGAUUUAUCAUCAAUGAAACAGAACGUUGAAUGGGAGGUUCCGAAACUAACCGUAGAACGACACGUUGUUUAUUAUGGAUGCUGCCCAGAACCCUAUCCAGAUGUUACAUUCUACUUUCAUCUGAAAAGAAAACCAGCGUUCUACGUGACGAAUAUAAUAAUACCGUCGAUUAUGAUUACGAUAUUAGUGGCCCUUGGAUUUAUACUUCCGGUUAGUUCCGGUGAGAAAGUAUCGCUAGUGAUAACCGUAAUGUUAGCAAUGUCUGUUUUCCAGCUUCUUGUUGCGGACAAGCUUCCUCCGUCAGCGGAAGCAACACCAUGGAUUGUUAUCUUCUUCAACUUUAUACUUGGAUUAUCUGGGGUGUCAACCAUCCUCCAGGGAGUUGUAAUCAAUGUGUUUUACCGGGGUCAGCAAGCCAUACCACACUGGCUAAUGAAGGGUGUGAUUAUACCAGCAUGCCUGAUGACGUUUGUUACUCUACCUGGCGUGGAAAGAACCAACUGCUGCGCGAAAAAGGUAUAUGAUGAUGUCGAAAAAUUCACUAAAGGAAAACUGGAAACAGGAACUUCUGACAAUGCUACCAUAUGGAAAUGUUUUUCAAACGCUAUAGACAGACUUGGUCUAGCAUUAUUAUCAUUGACUUUGAUUAUCGGUUGUAUUGUUGUAUUCGGAAACAUCACAAACGCUGAAUCUGAAUGA